CUUGCUUUGCAAGGCCGUACUUCAUGUUACAGUUUGACUUCCCGGUUUACACCGUUUUAAAAGAUCACUGAGACAUCUUCAAUAACGAAUAACUUCAGAUUACAUGUGUCAUCAAUAAAAAAUAAUAAUAUGACUUUCAUUCAACUGACAGUGGCUUUUAUUGUAACGUUAUAUCUGCCUUUGGAUGUUUGCAGCCCUACUGAUAUCCAGUGUCCUGGUUAUUGCGAAUCGUGUACCGGCGUCGGAAGUAACCUAGAGUGUAAUUGUACAUUAGGAAAGUUUUAUUUUAACAAUGACUGUCAUCAAUGUCGUAUUGUUGGGGUUAACUGUACAAGCUGUAGCAGUGCUUCUCAGUGUGAAGAAUGCUAUAUUGGGAAAUGGGGUUCACGGUGUAACCUAAACUGUGGAGAGGGUUGUAACGGUGGAAUAUGUAAUCUUUUAGACGGAUCGUGUACUUGCAUUCAAGGAUAUAUUGGGUAUAACUGCAAGACUCAAUGUUCACCAAACUGCCUGGGUAACACUUGCUUGGACAAUGGUCACUGCAAUUGCACAUCAGGAUAUUAUUUACAAACGUGUACUGGAAAAUGUUACUCCGCUUGUAAAGAAUGCACGAAUAGUAGUUCCUGCUCUGUAUGCCCGUCUGGAAAAUUUGGAAAGGAUUGCCAAUAUAAAUGUCAAUGCAGUAACGACACUGACUGUGACAUAAUGACUGGUGACUGUAUUUCUAGAACGUGUCCACGGGCAUGUACAUCAUGUGUUGACAAUACACAAUGCAAUGGCUGCACUGUUGGCACGUUUGGUUCAACAUGUAACUACACAUGCCCCGCUUACUGUUUCGGCGGAUGUGUCCAGUCGUCUGGCAUUUGUAGCGCAUGUCCACAGGGAUAUUUCGGUUCAAACUGUGACAUGGGAUGUAGUUAUUGUGGCGUCAGUGGUUGUACACAAGAUGGAGAAUGUAACAAGUGCUACCAUGGAUACUUUGGUACAUUUUGUAAUUUAACAUGUCCUGUUACAUGUCCUGAAAAAUGCAAUCAAGCAGACGGAUCCUGUACCUUUGAUUGUCAUGCAAACUGCUUAACCUGUUCAGAUAGUAAUACAUGCACUAAAUGCAGAGACCAUUACUACGGUUAUGACUGUGGUUCAGCGUGUAGCACUAUGUGUAAACAAGGAAUGUGUGACUUAAAGUCAGGACGUUGUGUGGAAUGCAGUUCUUCAUCGUACUACGGCGACUUUUGCAACACCACAUGUAGCUCCAAAUGUUCAACUUAUGGAUGCGAAAGGCAAACUGGUGGUUGUACUGGAUGCAUGAAUGAGACGGUUUAUGGGAUAUUUUGUACUAUUAACUGCAAUACUAACUGCAAGAAUCGAAUGUGUUCACAAGAAAACGGCCACUGUACAAAUGGAUGUAUCCCUAAUUCUUAUGGGUCAACGUGUGAAAAUUUUUGCUCUGAGAAUUGUGCAAAUUCCACAACAGAUUCAAAAUGCGACUCGACAGGAAAGUGCAGCAGCGGAUGUAUUGAGGGCUUCAUUGGCGAUACGUGUUCAACGAAAGCUGAAUUGGAAAACGAAAAAAGUGAUGAACAUAUGUCGGAACAACCAGGUACCUCUGCACUUGCUAUUGGAGUAGGUGUUGGAGGGGUGGUUAUGUUGGCUAUAGUCGUCGUUCUGGUUGUUGUUGUCCUGAAAAGGAGAAGAAAUAGAAAGCCCUAUGAAGAUCGAAUUGAAGAAAUCGGUCAUGAAUACCACACAAUAGAGUCAUUGCAUGGAGGGGAGAGAGGAUUCACGAAAGCAACAACUGCCCCUUCAUUAGGAACAUCGAAUGCUAGUUACAACCAUAUGUCGGAUACAAUAAUAAUCGGUGGUGGCUUAGAAACAGCACCGGAUGAUGAAGAUCUAGAAAUUGAUUUCGACGAAGAGAGUAGGUCCCAGAAAAGGAAACUGACCAAGAAGGUUGAGGAGAACGUUUACUACAUCGGAAUACAGGACAUAGAGAAACGGAAAGUUAAAGUGGAGGAACUGGCGGCUUUUGUGGCUGGAAAGACUCUGGAUUACUAUGAGGAGGAAUUCGAUAAAUUCUCUGACGGCCUCACAAGGAGCUGUGGCGCUGCCAAAUUACCUCAAAACAGGGCGAGGAACAGAUACAAGGGAUUAUAUGCAUAUGAUGCCACAAGAGUCAAAGUUACUGGUUUUGAUACCGAUUACAUCAAUGCAAACUACAUCGAUGGUUUCAAUGAGAGAAAUGCCUACAUUGCUUCGCUUGGUCCAAUGUCAAAACAAAUGGGAGACUUUGGCAUGUUCUGGAAUAUGAUUUGGCAACAGAAGGUGGAGAAAAUUGUCAUGGUUACCAACCUGAUGGAGGAAGGGAAAAAGAAAUGCGAGCAGUACUGGCCCAAUGUCGGGACCACUUUAACCUACAGCGGGGUGAAGGUCAUCUGUCAGAGCGAGGAUGAGUAUGCAGAGUUUACGAGAAGAUUGCUGCUCCUAAAUGAUGGAGAAUCUGAGAGGCAGCUGCACCACCUUCACUUCACGGCCUGGCCGGAUAGGGGAAUCCCAGAGGACGUCACAGCGCUGAUUGAGUUCCGACAUAGAGUGCUCAAUUCUCCUGCUCAUCUCGGAGGUCCAACACUGGUCCAUUGCAGCGCGGGAAUCGGUCGAACAGGGACAUAUAUUGCGUUAGAUAUUCUAACAAAGGAAGGCAAUUCGAACAAGGCCGUUGAGAUUCCAGGAUGCAUCAUCAAUAUGAGACAGAACAGGCCAAACAUGGUCCAGACAGCGGAACAGUACGAGUUUCUACACCUUGCCCUGGUUCACACCCUGACUUUUAACUGUGAGCAGAUACCAGGAAAACAGUUUCAGGACUACAUGAUAGAAACCAGCAAAGGCGAUCUUAUCAGGCAGUUAAAGAAAAUAAAGGACACUCCCCACGUUCACACUGACGAUGAAGUCGUUGCUAUUGAACGAAACAAGACUGAGAAAGGAAGGAACAGAAGUGAAGCAGAUAUUCCAGGCGAUAAAUACCGCCCUCGACUUUAUUUGGGAAUAAGACAUGGAGAUUCAGACUAUGUCAACGCUGUCUUUGUUCAUGCGUUUCAAGCGAAACGGAAAUACAUUGUCGCACAGUCUCCAAUGCCAAAUACUGUACAGGAUUUCCUUACUUUUGCAUACCAAGAAAAUUGUUCAUGCAUUGUCAGCUUUGAGCAAAGUGACGGCAAAAAGGAUAUAGGUGAAUAUUAUCCAGCGGACAAUCAAGAACUCAAGAAAGGUCAACUGACUAUUUCAUGUGGGAGGGAUAAGGUCACGAACGAGUACAACAUCCAGAAAUGGCUAACUAUUGAGUUCAAGGGAAGCACACAGAGUGAAGGUGGCAAGAGCACAUUGCGACACUUUGAGUUUACAGACUGGAACCAGACUGGAAAUGUUCCAUGCAGCCCUGCUAACUAUGUCGCAUUUCUGAGAGAUGUCAAAAUGGCAUCGUCCAAUGGGCCUGUUCUUGUCCACUGCAGGGAUGGUGGUAGUAAGAGCGGGCUGUUCUGUGUUAUGGCAUUCCUCUUAGAGAAAAUGGUAGUAGAGCACGAGGUCAGUGUGGUAAAUGCCGUCAGGAGGGUCAAAGCCAGGAGACCCAACGCAGUGGCCAAUCAGGCACAGUUCGACUUCUGCCAUGAUUGUGUUCUGGAGUUCGUCCGCUCGUUCAAAACAUACUCCAAUUUCAGCGAAGAUAUAUAAAUUAAAUGUGGAUUGGAAAACAAUAUUAAACUAUCUUGAUUUGUUAUCUUGUCGUCAAUUGUUCAUAUGUCUGUGUUUGUUUUUAAAUUGCAUACCAUUGUGUAAAGUUCGGGGCACUUCAAUUUUAGCGGUUCCUACAAUAUAAUUAUUCCAAGUUCAAACUACUACUACUACUACUACAACUACUACUACUACUACUACUACUACUAUUACCACUACUACUACUACUACUACUACUACUACUACUACUACUACUACUACUACUACUACUACUACUACUACUACUACUUCUACUACUACUACUACUACUACUACUACUACUACUACUACAACUGCUACUGCUACUGCUGCUGCUGCUGCUGCUGCUGCUGUUGCUGUUGCUGCUGCUGCUGGUGCUGCUACUGGUGCUGGUGCUGCUGCUGCUGCUACUACUACUACUACUACUACUACUACUACUACUACUACUACUACUACCACCACCACCACCACCACCACCACCACCACCACCAUCACCACCACCACCACCACCACCACCACCACUACUACUACUACUACUACUACUACUACUUUGUUUUGCUAUUUUAUAUUGAUAACAUUUGCCUUUAUGAUGCAUUUGCUUUGAACGAGUGUUGUACUGAAUAAAAAACCUUAAUAUUG